AAUGUGACUGUGGCCCCUGUUUUGUCUUUUACAAAUUUACUUGUUGAUUUUACAAUAAUAUUAAUGUGAAAUAAGUGAUUAGUGGCGUUGUGAAUACAAGGAAACUAUGCUGUAGUGUUGUGAAUGCAGAAUCCACUCUGCACUUAUCAUCUUCGUAGGUGGUGCCCUAAUUGUUCAGUAAGCGUGGAGAUCUCGACGGCUGACGCGUGAUGGAGGACGAGGUGACCUUCCUGUUCCAGCUGGGGGUGCUGCGAGACGCAGUCUCCGCGCCGGCACACCUCCUCACGCUGUCGCACCUCAAAGAGCUGGCGGUCAAGUUCGUGCAGGAAAAGAUCCCGGACAAUGGAUUGAAUCGUCUAUCUGAGCGCAUCCUGCUGUUCCGGCACGACUACUGCUCGCCGAACGUGCUACAGCUCAUCAACUGCGCCACGGACGUCACAGAUGAGACCCUCGUCGAGAUCGUUCUCACCGCCAACCCUCUACUAUGCGAGGGCAUGCAAGAAGCGCCACCGCCGCGGCCCCACGCUCUGGCGGUCCACUCGUACAAGGCGCCAACGUUCUGCGAUUUCUGUGGAGAGAUGCUGUUCGGACUUGUGCGCCAGGGUCUCAAGUGUGAAGGAUGCGGCCAGAACUACCACAAGCGAUGCGCAGUGAAGGUGCCGUCGAACUGCACGUCGCCCCCCGCGGCGAGCUCGGGGGCGUCUGUGGGGGGUCGGCGGCCGUCCGCCUCCCCGCGCAGCCCAUCGCGCUCCUCCACGCACAGCCACGCCUCCCACGACGACUCCCUGGUGAGCGGGAGCGCGGGUAAACGGAGCCGUUCGCCGUCGGGCGCGGGCGUGGGCGGGGCGUGGGCCACGUCGGGGGCGGCGGGGGCGGCGGGGGCGGGCGGCAUCCCGCACACGUUCGAGGUGCACUCGUACACGCGGCUGACGGUGUGCCGCCACUGCAAGAAGUUGCUGCGGGGGCUGUUCAAGCAAGGCAUGCAGUGCCGGGACUGCCACUACAACGCGCACAGGAAGUGCCUGCCGUACGUGCCCAAGGACUGCGGCGGGGAGAUCAGGGACUCGCACGGCGAAUUCCAAGACAACAGCAGUGGCGACAUCGAGAACGCGCGGCUACCAGACGACGAGUCUGAUGAUGGAGGCGACAACGCGUCCACCGCACCUGAUGACGAGGUGCAACUGAGAAAUCGACGAGGUUCAGACUGCGAGGCGCCGCAGCGAGAUACACUGCCUGCCGCCAGCAGACCCAGCAGUUCAUCAUCGUCGCCCAGCGCCAACAUACCACUGAUGAGAAUCGUGCAGUCAGUGAAACAUACGAAGAAGCGUGAGGGACAGUGGCUGAAGGAGGGGUGGCUGGUACACUUCACUAACAAGGACAAAACUAUCAAGCGUCACUACUGGCGGCUGGACAGCAAAUCCAUCACGCUAUUCCAAUCCGAGCAUGGCUCAAAGUAUUAUAAGGAGAUUCCUCUCAACGAAAUCCUCGCAGUCGACACCGCGCGGCAACCGCACUCUGACGUGAUGCACUGCUUCGAGAUCCGCACGGCGAACGUGGACUACAUGGUGGGAGUGGACCCGGGGUGGGGCGCGGGCGCGGGCGCGGGGGUGCUGCCGCCGCCCGACUCGGGGGUCGGCGCCUACCUCGCGCGCUCCUGGGAGACCAGCGUGCGCCACGCGCGCCUGCCCACGGCGGAUGCUGCGGGCGCGGGCGCGGGGGAGGCGGAGGGCGCGGGCGAGGCGGAGGGCGAGGGAGGGGGAGGGGGCGCGGGGAGCGGGCCGCGCCGCGCUACAGACAUGGCGCAGGUGUACCAGAUCUUCCCGGACGAGGUGCUGGGUUCGGGCCAAUUUGGCAUUGUAUACGCCGGGCUGCACCGCCGCUCGCAGCGCGCCGUAGCCAUCAAGGUUAUCGACAAACUCCGGUUUCCAACUAAACAAGAAGCCCAGCUCAAGAAUGAAGUAGCGAUCCUUCAAAACCUCUCCCACCCAGGAGUUGUGGACUUGGAACGCAUGUUCGAAACGCCAGAAAGAAUUUUCGUUGUAAUGGAGAAACUGAAGGGGGACAUGCUGGAAAUGAUACUGUCGCAUGAAAAAGGAAGGUUAACGGAGAGAAUUACCAAGUUCUUAGUCGCACAGAUCCUGGUGGCUCUAAAACACCUACACGAGAAGAACAUAGUCCACUGCGACCUGAAACCUGAGAACGUGCUGCUGUCCACCGACGAGGAGUUCCCUCAGGUGAAGCUGUGCGACUUCGGCUUCGCCAGGAUCAUCGGCGAGAAGUCCUUCAGGCGCUCCGUUGUGGGCACGCCUGCCUAUCUGGCGCCGGAGGUCCUCCGAAAUAAAGGGUACAACCGGUCGCUGGACAUGUGGUCGGUGGGUGUCAUUGUGUACGUGUCACUCUCGGGCACGUUCCCCUUCAACGAGGACGAAGACAUCAACGAGCAGAUACAGAAUGCUGCUUUCAUGUACCCGCCCACGCCGUGGAGGGAGAUCUCCGCUGAAGCCAUCGACCUGAUCAACAACCUGCUGCAAGUGAAGCAGCGCAAGCGUCUGUCGGUGGACAAGUCGGUGGCCCACGCGUGGCUGCAGACGCGGGAGGCCUGGCUCGACCUCCGCGCACUCGAGCACCGCGUCGGAACCCGCUACCUCACGCACCCCAGCGACGACGCGCGCUGGGCUGCCAACCCCGAGCGCUGA